AUGGAAAAUGGCAACUUGAUGACAAAGUGCAAGCCGAGCCUGUUUUGUGAAGACCUCAAAAGCCCGGCCACCGACUGCAUUCGUGCGGUCGAAUACAACGUUGGAACAGAUGACGUCAGGAUGGUGCUCUUCCCCUUCAAUUUGUGCACACCAGCGCUGAAACAGGAGGGCGGCUGUGAUAACGGGUCGUUCUGCGCCUUCAACGAAAAACCGGCGGGCGAGACGCCGUGCGAGCCGGUCCCGCUGUGCGAAUUGACGCGCCCGGCCAGUUUCGACGAAAGUAAAAUACCGACAAACCCUUGCUUCAAAAUCUGCAAGUACUCUUCCACCGUCGACGAGGAAUGCGUGCCACUGGAAAUCCUGGAUGGCGAGCAUGUGAUAUCGGCAUAUCGAAGAGGGUCUGGUCCCUACGCCGAGCUGCUGACGGACGAGGAGACGCUGCAGCUCGACUUCGCCCCCACCGAUGCCAUCAAGUACCCAAAAUGUGUCAAGGCGGAGAAGUUGUCGGAAGACCAGCAGAAGCUCGUCGCCGUCAAUCGCUUCCUAAACUGUGACCUGAACCCAUUCUACGACGCCGGCAACAAUCUGGCGAUGAUGUUGGAGCCGGUCGACUGCAAGGAGGGCGAGGAUCCGAAAAAGUUUCUCUGCAUCCCCGCCGCCACGACUACCAAGGAGCCGGCGUCCAACUCCCCAACUACCCCGUCAACCACAACCAGCAUGUUCUUCUUCGGCUUCUUCCUGGGGACGAUCUUUGGCGUGAUGUUGAUGAUCGGCGUGGUGGCGAUUUGGCAUUUGUUUAAAAAGAAACCCCCUCGCUCGAGCCCUGACCUCACCGAAGCCGAACGACAAUCUGACCUGCCGGUGGAGAGGGCGGAGUCACCGGUCCCACCUCGCCGCAUCCACCCGGUCUCUUCCGCCGAUGUGUUCUUCCCGAAGCACCGCUCGAGCCCAAAAAUGCAGCACGGCUCCAAGGAGUCGGCCCCGGCGAGCAACCGCAGCCCCGAGCACUCGAUCGUCGACAAGCCCAAGCAGCUUGUCAAAAGCCUCAUGCAGGCCGUCAGCAAGAAGCCUUCCCUAGACAAGAGCAAGGAACUGAGCAAGGACAGGACCCGGAAGCUGCCCCGCGCCAAGCUCGGCAACCGGCUCGACGUCCUCGAAGAACAGGAACGGGCCUUCGACGACAUGCCGACCGGCAAGGAGACAGCGAAGAGAAAGAAGAAAUCGACC